GCGCAGGCGGGCGGCACAGCCCCUCUCCCAGCCCGGCCCUGCCCGGCCCCCACCCGUCCCCGCCCCGCGGGCUGCGGGCUGGAGGCAGCCGCGCCGUUCCGAGCCGCUCCGAGCCGAGCCACCCUCUCGGGAAGACAUCGCUCCGCCGGGCUCCGCUUCGUGCCCCGCAAUGCCGCGCCCGUGCCCCGCCGCCCCCCGCCCCGCCGCACUCCGCGCAGCCUGAGCGCUUGCGGGGCUCCGCGCCGGGACGGGGCCGCCGGCGGCUGAGGCGGCUUCGAGAGGCACCGCUCCGCGUUACCGCCCGGCUAUGGGGAAGGGGCUGGAGGGCACGGCGGCCCGCUGCGGGCUGGGAAUGGGAUACCUGCUGCACAGCGUGGUGCUCCCCGCGCUGGCCGUCCUGGGGGCCAGUCGGCCCGGCUCCGCCGCGCAAGAUGAUGACUUUUUUCAUGAACUUCCAGAAACUUUUCCUUCUGAUCCUCCAGAGCCAUUGCCCCACUUCCUUAUUGAACCUGAAGAAGCUUACAUUGUGAAAAACAAGCCUGUGAAUCUGUACUGCAAAGCAAGCCCAGCCACGCAGAUCUAUUUUAAGUGCAACAGUGAAUGGGUUCAUCAGAAGGACCAUGUGGUGGAUGAGAGAGUAGAUGAAACCUCUGGUCUGAUCGUCCGCGAGGUGAGCAUCGAGAUUUCCCGCCAGCAGGUGGAGGAGCUUUUUGGGCCUGAGGAGUACUGGUGCCAGUGCGUGGCCUGGAGCUCCGCCGGCACCACCAAGAGCCGCAAAGCCUACGUUCGCAUUGCAUAUCUCAGGAAGACUUUUGAGCAGGAGCCCCUGGGGAAAGAAGUGUCCCUGGAGCAAGAGGUCCUGCUCCAGUGCCGUCCUCCUGAAGGCAUUCCGGUAGCUGAGGUGGAGUGGCUGAAGAAUGAGGAGGUGAUUGAUCCUGUGGAAGACCGAAAUUUUUACAUCACCAUUGAUCACAACCUGAUCAUCAAGCAAGCCCGGCUUUCUGACACGGCCAACUACACUUGUGUUGCCAAAAACAUUGUGGCCAAAAGGAAAAGCACUACAGCAACUGUGAUCGUCUAUGUGAAUGGAGGCUGGUCUACCUGGACUGAGUGGUCAGUGUGCAACAGCCGCUGUGGGAGAGGCUUCCAGAAGCGCACAAGAACCUGCACUAACCCUGCUCCACUCAAUGGAGGGGCCUUUUGCGAGGGACAAAACGUUCAGAAAAUAGCUUGCACCACCCUGUGCCCAGUGGAUGGCAAAUGGACGUCCUGGAGCAAGUGGUCCACUUGUGGGACAGAGUGUACCCACUGGCGCAGGAGGGAGUGCACAGCCCCAGCCCCAAAGAAUGGAGGCAAGGACUGCGAAGGACUGGUGCUGCAGUCCAAGAACUGCACCGACGGGCUCUGCAUGCAGGGUUUCAUUUAUCCUAUUUCAACUGAACAGAGAACCCAGAAUGAAUAUGGAUUUUCUUCUGCACCAGACUCAGAUGAUGUUGCUCUCUACGUGGGGAUUGUCAUUGCUGUGAUCGUGUGCCUGGCUAUUUCUGUGGUUGUGGCCCUGUUUGUCUAUCGUAAGAACCACCGUGACUUUGAGUCAGAUAUUAUCGACUCGUCAGCACUAAAUGGCGGAUUUCAGCCUGUUAACAUCAAGGCUGCAAGACAAGACCUCUUGGCAGUGCCACCAGACCUCACUUCUGCUGCAGCCAUGUACAGGGGUCCUGUGUAUGCCUUGCAUGAUGUCUCUGAUAAAAUCCCAAUGACCAAUUCUCCAAUCCUGGACCCACUGCCCAAUCUGAAAAUCAAAGUUUAUAACACCUCUGGAGCAGUCACCCCCCAGGAUGAACUCUCUGACUUCUCCUCCAAGCUGUCCCCACAGAUUACCCAGUCUCUGCUGGAGAAUGAGACUUUGAAUGUGAAGAACCAAAGCCUUGCACGGCAAACAGACCCAUCCUGCACUGCUUUUGGGACCUUCAACUCCUUAGGGGGGCACCUAGUAAUUCCCAAUUCAGGAGUGAGCUUGCUGAUCCCAGCAGGGGCUGUUCCCCAAGGAAGAGUCUAUGAAAUGUAUGUGACAGUCCACAGGAAGGAGGGCAUGAGACCACCUGUAGAAGACAGCCAGACACUGCUGACACCAGUGGUGAGCUGUGGCCCACCAGGAGCACUGUUGACCCGACCUGUUGUGCUGACCAUGCAUCACUGUGCUGAGCCCAAUAUGGAUGAUUGGCAGAUCCAGCUCAAGCACCAGGCACCCCAGGGACCAUGGGAGGAUGUAGUGGUGGUUGGGGAGGAAAAUUUCACCACUCCGUGCUACAUCCAGCUGGACUCAGAGGCCUGCCAUAUCCUGACGGAGACCCUCAGCACGUACGCCUUGGUGGGACAGUCCAUCACCAAAGCAGCAGCCAAACGUCUCAAACUGGCCAUCUUUGGACCACUGUCCUGCUCCUCACUGGAAUACAGCAUUCGCAUCUACUGCCUCGAUGACACACAGGAUGCCCUGAAGGAGGUCCUCCAGCUUGAGCGGCAGAUGGGUGGGCAGCUGUUGGAGGAACCGAAAACUUUACAUUUUAAGGGAAGUACCCACAACCUGCGAUUAUCCAUUCAUGACAUUGCCCACUCUCUCUGGAAGAGCAAACUGCUGGCUAAAUACCAGGAGAUUCCUUUUUACCACAUCUGGAGUGGGUGCCAGAGGAACCUGCACUGCACCUUCACACUGGAACGAUUCAGCCUCAAUACUCUGGAGCUUGUCUGCAAGAUCUGCGUCCGGCAGGUAGAAGGGGAAGGGCAGAUCUUCCAGCUCAACUGCUCGGUAUCAGAGGAACCUACUGGCAUUGAUUAUCCCAUCAUGGAUUCAGCAGGCAGCAUCACAACGAUAGUUGGACCCAACGCUUUCAGCAUCCCCCUCCCAAUAAGACAGAAGCUCUGCAGCAGCCUGGAUGCACCCCAGACCCGGGGCCAUGACUGGAGGAUGCUCGCCCACAAGCUGAAACUGGACAGGUACCUAAAUUAUUUUGCUACGAAAUCAAGUCCCACUGGGGUGAUCCUGGAUCUCUGGGAAGCCCAGAAUUUCCCUGAUGGCAACCUGAGCAUGCUGGCAGCAGUGCUGGAAGAAAUGGGACGACACGAAACCGUCAUUUCUUUGGCAGCAGAAGGAAAUUACUGAUGCAGCCUUGGCAUGAACAGGAAGGACAGACACAGGGAGCGGUAAUGCCCUGUUAUUGCAAGUGUUUGAAAUGAAAACCCAGACCAAUGAGUUACACAAGAGACAUUUCAGAGAAGAAAGCAAGCAAACAAACAGAAAAAAUAUACAGCCCUGACCUUCACAUGUGCUCUCCUUGUACAUUAUCACAGGAUCUAAAAGAAAUCAUGCAAAGUUGUACCUUGAAAAUAUAAAUCAACCUAAUGUUCCUCUUGGCUUGGCUGUACACUGCUUGGUACAGGAUUUUACAGUUUCCUAGGAAACGCUUUUUAUUGCUAUCCAGAUAUAUGGAUAAACUUUCUUAACAAUCCCAGUUUCUAUGGAUGUUGUUUACAUCAAAUUCUGGACAGGGGUAAGGAGUCUGUCCAUGGCUCUUUAUAUUUUUUGUUCAAAGCCAUUCUAGACAAAGCUGUGGACAGUUGGUUGUGGCUAUUUCAGAUUAUUGUUUUCUGGUGAAUUCAGAUUUUGGCUACAAUUCUGAACAUUGAUUGUCUCACAAUGAUCCUCCUGUCAUUAUUCUGUUUCCUAGACCUACCUGUAAAAAAAAAAUACACAAAACCAACCAAACAAAAAAAAUCAGUGUUUAAGAGGCAUGCAUCUGGAAAGCAGGUACUCUGGGUGCUAAGCAGGAACACACAUACCAUUCCCAUCCUUCCCCGAAGGGAUCCCCACUGAGCCUCAGUGGAAAAUGGCCGUAAGACAGUGGGACUCUAAGGGUAGGAGUCAAUUUUCAGUUCAAAGUGUAACAAGACCCUUUCUACCCCUUUGUGAUACGGUGGGAUUGGAUAUGCAAUUCAGAGUGGUUAGGGAAACAAAAAGAAAAAAGAAAAAAAACCCUGAAUAAAGAAAAGAGAAUUUGCUAUGAUAAUUAUUUACUAAUUAGUAUCUAGUGCAAGGAUUAUAAUGAUUAUUAUUAUUAUUAUCAUUAUUACUUUAUUUGUAGUUUUGUCAGCAGCAGGAUAAGUUGUUCCCGUUUUUAUUGAACCUAUUAUCCUCUUCCUGAAGGUUUUCUAAGAAGCUUUUCUCUAUAUGCUGUCUGUUCUUCCCUUCUCCAGCCAUCUUCUGGAGUCCUCCACUAGCAAAGAAAGGUUGGUCAUCUCAUGUUAGCCUUGCUGCGCUUAAUGCUUGAUGCAAAGAGGGUAUAAAAACUGGUAAUACUUCACUGAAGACAGUGAUCUGCACCUAGUGGGGGGGUGGAGGUGGGGGUGGGGGGGCAUUUGGCAUCUGUCUCAUCUGCUAGUAUCCAAGAAGUAAUCUGGUUCCUAGGUACCUGCAAUGGCUUGGCCAACCCCAUCCAGUUUCCCAGACCAGACACACAGAGCCCACUGGUUCAGAAGAACAAGUGCAAGCGUAUGGAGGUGCAGAUGCUAACUUCCUGAUUUGUGUGCCCACUGGGUGAGGCUUACUCAGCACAUUUCUUUCUCUCUUCCCAAGCCAUCAGCCAUGACAGGUUUCGAGUGGUGAAGUGGUAACCCCAUGCCUUGCAGCUUUUUGCCUGUAGCCUCUCUGCCUUGGCAGUGCAUUACAGGUCCCUGUUAGCCUGCUGGGUGCAUUUAGCCCUCUGCUACCCCCCUCUUGGCUGCUGCAAGCUGGUGGAAUGAGAACCUGGCAAAAAAACCUAACUAUUGUUUUUAUCAGUUGUCACUGCAAACCUAUUUCAUUUUCUGCUCUGUGAAAAGACUGACCUUUCAAUGCAACACAGCACACAAGAUUGCAAAGGUUUAACUUAGAAUCCUGUUUGUCUGCUGUUUCUGAUGCAAAGAAUGCUUUAUUUCCCAUGCCAUCAGGUUUAGACCAGGCCCUGGUUAUUGCUAUUGUGCACCAACAGCCACCUCUCCCCAUGCAUAUAUUCACAAUUAGUGUUCUUCCUCAGACUUGAGCUCUUUUGUUGUGUUUUUGUUUUGUUUUGAUCUUGUAUAUUUUACUCCAGGCUUUCAACAGUGUGCCUUUAAAGGUAACGUUCUUGAAAAUGUCACUGGUCAAAAUUAAAGGAAAAUUUCAUCUGACCUUUUUCCCCAUUUAACAUUUCCAUUGGCUUGGGACAUUUUUAUUUAUUUUUUUUUAAUUUCUCAGCUCUCUGACAUCAGUGGUGCUUUCUUUACAUGCUGAGCAGUGAUCACAGAACACUCAUUUUCUCAGCAGUUAGCCAGCACUAUGCAAAUCAGACUUCCAGUCAAAUCCAGAGACUUGAGGACAUAAAUUUUAAAUUUCAUUAUCAGCUCAAAGCUACACAUUUUGCUUGUGAGAUCCUCUCUUUUUCUACCAGAACAUGGAAAUGCUGAGGGUGUGUUUUUCACAACCAGCCACCUUGUUUCUUACAUUGUGCUCUGAAAUGCUAAUGGGAAUCUUGCUUUCAACUUCACAAGGCUUUGACCAGGUCUUACAGCUCUGCCCUUUUUCUACAUCUUUUUACAGCUGUAAGUCUUACCUUUUUUCCCUCCUGUUCUAUCAUCAGGUGUAAGUAGUUGUAUCUAAUGUGCCCUGCUUUACCCUUCCCAUGCAUUUUUCCUGUUGAACUCCUUUCUCAGGGCAGGUGCAUGACCUUGACUUUCUUUCAGCUUCUUCCUCUUUUACCUAUCUAGGCUCACUUGUAGUCCCAGCUGUGGUCUCUUGAUAGGUGUGAAAUGCAUGCUCCCUUCUACUGGGCCUUGUGAGGAAGCAUCUCAGAGUUAUCUGGUUCACUUCAAGACUUCUUUCUGUGUGAACUAUUUGAUUGACCCUUUCAAUAUCUUCUUCAAGAAAAACAGAUGAGUAAUAUUCUUAAAAUAUUCUGAAUUUCAGGCAUUAUCCUUCUAUUAUUUUGCUGUAAAAGGGAUUUAUUGGGAGGGAGAUUUGCACUGGAUGACAAUGAAGGAUAUUGCUUCCUGACAGGGCAAUGGCAUCACCAUCACCAGGAGAUGGAGCUGGUCUUCUUCCAUACGGACUGCUCAAAACUUGCAGUGGUCACAAACGAGACAGAUUCUCUGUCCCGUUCUCCAUCUGCCUUUGCAGGGAAUGUGUGAGCUGCCUUUUGUUUCUUCCAGGGAUCCACACCUCAUUGCCAUCACUGCUCACAUGAGCUCCCUCUCCAACUAAAGCUCUUUUCUUGCUCUUUUAUUAUUAUUAUUUAAUUUCUCCCAGCAUCUGAGGCAGAGCCUGGUAACGUGCUGUGCAGCCUGGGAGUAGACUGCGUGGCAUCCCCCUUAGGAGGAGGGUGGGAAGCAAGACCAGCAGGCUGCAGAUUAUACCAUGUUGUGUGGAAGGCUGUGUGGCGUGGGCACACUGCCAUCUUGUGGGGCAGUACCCUGAGGGGAAGGCCAUGCUGCUCUGUUAGCCAGAGAAACACCAUCUGGGAAAAGGCUGUCUCAUUGCUUGGGCUCAGUUUGGCAGAUAGAGCAAAUGAUUAGAGAUCACUGUAACAUCGCAGUAACAUUUGCUCAGGAGCAUGAUUUAGUGGAGGAGUAAUUUGUCUAGGUUGUGGUUGGACUCCAUGAUCUUCAAGGUCUUUUCCAACCUGAGCAAUUCUUUGAUUCUAACAUUUUAUGUAUGUCAGGUGAGCGCAUUUGUUUUUGGAAAUGGCUGCAGGCUUCUUAUCUUCCACUUAUUGCUACUUCUUAAAGUGCUUAUCCUUUCAGUUGUCCACUAUGUGCUGUAUCAGUUUUGCUAUUCUUCAUACCACCUCUUUGUUAAGUAAGUGAUUGCUAGUGAUAUGAAUAAUAUAUAUAUUAUAUAUAUAUAUAUAUAUAAAAUCCCUACAGACUUCAAGGAAACUCUGAUUUCUGAAUUAGAAAUGCUGUUGGAGACAGUUCUUUUCACAUUAUUUUCUUCAGUUCUUCUUGUGUUGUGUUCUUGCAAAGGUCGCUGUCAGUGUAUGGGGUAAGUAAGUCGUUUGGGGUUUCUUUUAUUUUUGCUUUUAAAUCUAUUAAUCCCUUGUAUCAUGCUGAACGGUGAAAGACCCAAGAGCUGUUCUAUUGAAUCCUGCAAGUCUUGAGUCAAGUUUUACUUCUCUGGGAGAGUAAGGCUCUUUUUUCCCAAAUCAUUGGCAGAAAUGCAGACACUCAUGAGACAUGUUGGAGUCUGGGAUGCAUACAGAGCAAAACAUGUCUGUUGCUUGGGUUUCUUGCUAUUUCUGUUGCUUACAUGUAGAAUAAAUCUAUUUAUAAUGUGCAGUAAGCCCAUCACUGUGGACAGUCCUAAUGUCUUGUAUUGCUACCUAAAAUUGUUUUGGGUUCUCCUUUUCUUCUUGUUUAGGGGGUGGGGUGGUAUGGGAAAGGAGUGGGGGGGACCUUUAGACUCUUGUAUGCUCUAGCCAAGUAGGUACUGCAGCCCAGAGGUUAAUUUUAAACAAGAAGAUACUGUUGAGUUUUUGCUCCUGUGCCAAGGGCACUUUGUAAACUAUCUUCCUGAGUGUUCAGAAGCCUCUUCAGGUAUUGCUCGGGCUCUUGUCUGGCCCCAGAAUGACUAAUGGCUUGCAGGCUGGCUUGCUUAAUCAGGCAGUACAAAGAUAUGAAUGGGUUGCGAAUGAAAACCAAACCUUUGGCCCUUCUUCCACAGGGGUUCCAACAAGGUAUUGACUUUGGGCUCACCACCAUAAUUCACUCCUUGCUUGUGUGUGAAAGCUUGACUUUUUAAACUGAAGUACAUUACAAACUUUCAAAUGCUGAAGGAUGCAUUUCUGAUAUUCUUUGAGGAGGGAUCUUAACAGUAAUGCAAAGUGUGUGUAUAUACAUACACAGAGAAGAGAAAGUAAAGGAAAUAUAGUGUGGCAGGCUUUUAGCUUUUAUGUUAGUCACGGUCAUCCUCUUAUGACCAAUUAUUUCUUGGGAAGGUGAAGGUCAAAAUUCAGUGCUGUAUCAUCACUGCAAGGUCAGAUGGUAGGCAGUACCAACAAGAGCGAACAGUUGUUUAAAAACUGGCAUAGAAAUAGAAUUGGGCUUGAACCAAAGCCACAGAAGUGAGCUCUCAAGUUUGGUAGGUCAAGCUUCUUGCUUGAAAGAGAAUCAUUCCAUUUAUUUACCUACCUGUGCUUUAUUUAAGCUUAGCACAUGUUCCCUGAACUCUUAAAAUCCCUUUAUCUGAAAGUCCUUUGAUAAGCUCUGAUUGUAUAAAAAAGCAGUGAUAACUCAGAGUUCCCACUAACCUAUAUCACUGAAUAGGUAUCCCACAUUUUCUGUGAUGCUGGUUAAGUGUAUUUAAUAGUACUUGAGUCUCCUUGACUGUUAUCAAAGAAAUUAAUGGCUGUGUGUACCACACCCUGGGCCUGGCCUUUUCUCCAAGAGCAUCCUGUAGACACAGCAGGCACAUAGCUUCUGGAUGGCCUGAAGAAGCAGAAUGUCACCUAUGAUCUCUCAGGGGCAUCCUACAGCAGUGAGGUGCCCCUCAGAGGCUUGCAUAUUGGUCUCCAGCUGCUGGCUUGCAGCUGGUAGGACAAUAGUCCGUAGAUGAGAAAAGCUUGCACAGCCUCUUUGGUUACUGCCAGCUGGCUCCUGCUACAGCUUGCCAUUAAAUUUAAGAGCUUAAACAAUAAGAAUAAAAGCAAAAUCAGCCUGGAAAGUAAACAAAAUUAAAAAGAAUGAGAAGCAAAAGAGUCUUCUCCCAUCAAUCUUACAGGUCUGCUUUGCAAAAACACUCCCUAAAGUGUAAGCCAAUACUGUAUGUCAAAGCAGGGUGCAUAACACAGUUGAGAAGUCAUGGCAUAACCAUUUAGGCAUAUCCGUGUGGUCAACUUGUUUGAUAACAUAUGUUCUGUUUGUUAAUGUUGAAGAGAAAAAAUGCAAAGGCUGUACCUUUAUAAAAUGCAAAGUACUUUACUUACUUUUGUACCUUCAUAAUGUGUCAAAGGAGGGCCUAUUUCUUAUGGGCCCUGUGUGAUCCAGGCUGAGGAGAUGUAUUAUGUUUUUUCCUCCUGUUCACAAUUCUCACCUUUGCAGCUCUGCCAGGGUUUGUGGGAUUUGUUUUCUUUGCUAUUCAGACAUGGAGAAGUAUUUUGGUUUUGAUUUCCCUAUUGCUGUAUCUUCUAUGCAACUCCUUUUCUAAAGACUUACUACUGGAGAAGUGCUAGCCAUUGCAUUAUUUGUAUUGCUGUACAGUGGAGGUGUGGUUUACUAGUUCUGAGUGUGCCUCUUACCCCCCUCCCUUUUUCUCCUUCCUUCUGUUUGUAAAUGCCUGCAUUUAUUCUGUCAGCCUGACAUGUACAAAGUGUAAGAAAGAAUUUUUAAACAGGUAAUAAAUUAUAUUUAUAAGCAACUGGAAAAAAAGUA